AUGGAGGUCACUGCUCUUCGCUGUCGCGCUGCUGUGCUGUUCCUCCUCCUUCUAACUCAGGCCCUGACCAUUCAUUCUCAGGAGGAGGAGGAGGAGGAGGUGGUGGUGGUGGAGGAGGCCGUGCAGGACGAAGAGCUGCAGGAGGAGGAACAGCAGGUGAUCGAGACGUGGACGCGGAACGUCAAAGCCUGCACCUGUGACUGCGAAUCGGCCGAAUCUCCCACUCGCAUCCCCACUGCCUUCUCGCCUGCCCCGCCAACUCAGACGCCAGCGCCUCCGGGAGACUCGCUGAGCUGCAUGCCAGAAUGCCCAUACCACAGAGCCCUGGGCUUUGAAUCCGGAUCUGUAAGCGCAGACCAGAUCAGCUGCUCCAAUCAGGAGCAGUACACUGGCUGGUACUCCUCCUGGAUCCCCAACAAGGCUCGCCUUAACAACCAAGGAUUCGGGUGCGCGUGGCUGUCCAAGUUCAAUGACCAACACCAGUGGAUCCAGAUCGACCUAAAGGAAGUGGGUGUGGUGUCAGGCAUCCUCACUCAGGGCCGCUGUGACGCCGAUGAGUGGAUCACUAAAUACAGCGUCCAGUAUCGAACUGUGGAAUCUCUCAACUGGGUCUAUUAUAAGGACCAGACCGGGAACAACAGGGUCUUCUACGGGAACUCGGAUCGCUCCUCCACAGUGCAGAACCUGCUGCGCCCGCCCAUCGUGGCCCGCUACAUCCGCCUGCUGCCACUGGGCUGGCACACCCGCAUCGCCAUCAGGAUGGAUCUGCUGAUGUGCACUAAUAAGUGUUCCUAA